GUGGAAAUUUACAGUCCCGAGUCAGUAUCUGGAUAGUUGGUCCGCGGCUAUGAGGCAGUGCCCAAUCUCCACAUAGGAUUUAAUUGUCUUUAUCUGAGGGGCGGGCCUCGCUGUCAACUCCACUUCUUGUGAGCUGUGUUGGCAUAAAGGCAUUCAGUACAGAGGAAUGUAGACAGCUGAGAGAGAUGCACACUACACAUAGCCACACCAUGAAGGAAAUGUAAGUCCUUGGAAUUACUCGACUGGAAUUAGAAAAUAGCCUUACCUUAAUAUUUAUGUCAAGUGAUUAUUGAGGUGUUUUGUUGGAUGCUUUUUGUUUCAACUGAAUAAGCAAUUUCAUAAUGGCACAGAAAGAGAAGCUACAAAGUCUGAAAGAUUUCCACAAGGACACACUGAAGCCUUCGCCAGGGAAGAGCCCAGGCACUCGACCGGAGGAUGAGGCAGAGGGCAAGCCCAUCCAGAGGGAGAAGUGGGCCAGCAAGUUAGACUUUAUCUUGUCCGUGGCCGGAGGCUUUGUCGGUUUAGGGAACGUGUGGCGCUUCCCGUACCUCUGCUAUAAGAAUGGUGGAGGUGCGUUUCUCAUCCCCUACACCAUCUUCCUGUUUGGUGGAGGCCUGCCGGUGUUCUUCCUGGAGGUGGCUCUGGGCCAGUAUACCUCUGAGGGAGGCAUCACCUGCUGGGAAAAACUCUGYCCCAUCUUCACCGGUAUUGGCUACGCCUCCAUUGUGAUCGUCUCUCUCCUGAACAUCUACUACAUAGUGAUUCUAGCCUGGGGACUCUACUACCUAUUCCAGUGCUUUCAGCCAGAGCUGCCAUGGGCCAAAUGCAAUCAGCCAUGGAACACAGCCCGGUGUGUGGAGGACACAUUCCGCAAGAACAAGACCCUGAUGCUGGCUGCCAACAUCACCAACUUCACCUCCCCCGUCACCGAGUUCUGGGAACGUAACGUGCUGAGCAUCUCUUCUGGGAUCGACGACAUCGGCCCCCUAAAGUGGGACCUAGCCCUGUGUCUCCUGGCAGUAUGGAUUGUCUGCUUUUUCUGCAUCUGGAAGGGAGUCAAGUCCACUGGGAAGGUGGUGUACAUCACAGCAACUUUCCCUUUCGUCAUGCUUAUCGUGCUGCUGGUGCGUGGAGUGACUCUGCCAGGGGCAUCCGAAGGGAUCAAAUUCUAUCUCUACCCCAACCUGACCCGCCUACAGGACCCAGAGGUGUGGAUCGACGCGGGAACCCAGAUAUUCUUCUCUUACGCCAUCUGUCUGGGGGCUAUGACGUCACUGGGGAGCUACAACAAGUACAAAUACAACUGCUACAGGGACUGUUUGCUGUUGGGAGGCCUGAACAGCGGUACCAGUUUUGUGUCUGGCUUCGCAAUAUUUUCCGUCCUGGGCUUCAUGGCACAAGAGCAAGGGGUGRACAUUGCCGAUGUGGCAGAGUCAGGUCCUGGCCUGGCCUUCAUUGCUUACCCUAAGGCUGUGUCCAUGAUGCCCAUGCCCACGUUCUGGGCCAUCCUAUUCUUCAUCAUGCUUCUGCUACUAGGCCUCGACAGUCAGUUUGUCGAAGUGGAAGGACAGAUCACCUCCCUGGUGGAUCUGUAUCCAUCCGUCCUAAGGAUCGGUUACCGCCGUGAGAUCUUUAUAGCUGUGAUGUGUUGCAUAAGCUAUCUUCUGGGACUUACCAUGGUAACAAAAGGUGGCAUGUAUGUGUUUCAACUCUUCGACUACUAUGCAGCCAGCGGUGUGUGCCUUUUGUGGGUUGCAUUCUUUGAAUGUAUUGCUGUAGCCUGGGUUUAUGGCGCUGAUAAUUUCUAUGAUGCAAUUGAAGACAUGAUUGGCUACCGACCUAACCCGUGGAUGAAAUGGAGCUGGACCUUUAUCACUCCCGUCCUCUGUGCGGGUUGCUUUAUCUUCUCAUUGGUGAAGUACAAGCCCCUGACCUAUAACAAGGUGUAUGAGUACCCAGACUGGUCUAUUGGCCUGGGCUGGUCUCUGGCCCUCGCCUCCAUGAUCUGCAUCCCCAUGGUAAUGGUCAUCAAGAUCCUCCAGUCCGACGGACCGCUUAUAGAGAGGAUUAAGGCAGUGGCGGCCCCAGUAAAGGGAGGUGCGAGUUCUCGCCCCAAAGAGUACAGCGUGAAGGGCAGCGAGCUUACCCAGCCUCUGAACCCCAAUGGGGACAACAUCCUGAUCAAGCCCACCCACACCAUUGUAGAAACAAUGAUGUGAGCACUCUCUGUGAGAGGAAAUACUGAUUGGCGUGCUGUCUAGGUUAUUAUCAUUUAUUUGCUAACUUUGAUAGUGGUAGAACCAGGUUUACAUUGUUCUAUAUAUCCGCACUAGGAAUAUUCUGGUUUGGUUUCUAUGAUAAUGAUUAAGAGUUUUAUAUAUAUAUAUACAUUGUAUAUAUUGCUGUUGGGUUGUUUUUUAUCUUGGUAAUUUUUUAUCAUAUUGUUGUUGUUACCGUUUUUGUUGGCGAUGUCAGUUUGGGCAGUAUUUUGACCUACCUUUCUGUUGAUUGUGGAACAUUUUCACUCAACAAAAAUACAGUAAACUGAAUGUGUAACUAAUCGUGUAACAUGUUAGGUAGCAAAUUAUUAAGAUAAUAUCCUUACGUUAUUGUGGCAGUAGCCUUGUCUGAGGUCAUUUGUAAUCUGUUGUCGACGCCAUUUGUUGUGAGAUGCAACUGACUGAACCUUCUCUGCGCUAGCGGCGGACGCCAGCCACUCACACCUGCUGGUAGAGUAGCCAUCUGUACCACCUAGGCUGAACGAGCGUUGGGCCAUUAACCGAAAGGUCGUUGGCUCGAAUCCCUGAGCUGACUAAGUGAAAAAUCUCUCAGYGUGCCCUU